AUGGAAAAAAUAAUGCAGCCAGACGAUCAAUUUCGUAAAUUAUUACUCGACAUAGCAGAUGAAAUGGAUGAAGAGGAUAUCAAAAAGUUUUGUUUUUUAAUUAAAAAGGACGUUACAAAAAAGGAUGGUCAAACUUUGAUUGAUAUUUUUCGAAUUUUAUAUGAACGACAAAAAAUUGGAGCGGAUAAUGUUACAUAUUUGAUUAACAACCUGGAAGGCAUCAAACGUGUCGAUUUAGCUUUCAAAGUGAUGGAACAUGCAUCACGUAACGUAUUAGGAAACUGGAAAAAAAACGAAAAGAAACUUCACCUUCCACUUUCUAUUCCAGAUAAAAUUUCAGAACCAGUUUCGACAUCACCUCCAAUUGCUUCGGCUGAAAAAUUAGAAGAAAAUUCUGACCGAUUGAUGACUCGACACCCGGUGUCUACUACUAUCAGUGUUUUAAAUGAACUGAUUAUGGAUCAAGACGCAGAUUCGCUUCACGAUGAAGAUUUACCUUUCCAAGAUGCGCAAGAAGAACAAUCAGAACCAUCUAUUGUUGAUAUUACAGGAUUUAGCGAUUCGACUGAACCACCACUGAAUUAUACUGAAAUAGAUCUAAAAUUGUUUGAAUCUGAUGUGUGGUCUAAUGAGUUUUUGCAGCAAAUAAACCUUAAAAUACUUCCAUACAAUUAUCAAAUUGAAUUAAUUCAAAAGGCGAUUCAAGCUCAAAAUACAUUAGUUUGCCUUCGUACCGGUGCAGGUAAAACAUAUGUAGCUGCCAUAUUACUCAAAUAUUAUUUUAUUAAAAAAAUGAAAACAAUAAUAAUAAACAAUAAAAAUGAAAACAACAAACAAAUGAAAACAACUCCAGUGAAGUUUUUAUCGUUCUUUUUUGUUCCGAAACGUUCGAUUCUUCGGCAACAAGCUGAUGCAUUACGUACAGUUCAAAACUUACGUGUGACAAUGUGUGAUGAUACGAGCGACGUUAAGCACUAUAUUCACAGUCAUGAUGUAAUCGUUUGUACACCACAAAAACUGGUGAAUUGUUUAAAAGCUGGUGCGAUAUCAUUGAACGAUGUUGAUGUAAUGAUAUUUGAUGAAUGUCACAAUAGUGUGAAACAACAUCCUUAUUGUCAAAUAAUGCAGUAUUUAUUAUGCUGGCAGGAGUUUCCAAAAAUAUCAAAAAUUAUACAACCGCCUGUAAUUAUUGGUCUAACCGCAUCCAUCGGACUUCGCGGUUCAUCAGAUGAACCUGUUAUUCAUAAUCUGAUUGUUUUAUGUGCUACAUUAGAUUCUCGAACAAUCUGUGCAGUAACAAAACAAGAAAACGAACAGGAACUAAAAGAACGAAUAAGUUGUCCAACUGAAGACAAAAUAUUGGUGAUUAACGAUGAUCUUGUCGAUAAAAAGUUGCUUAAAGAUAUGAAAGACUUAGUUCUUAGUAUAUUUAUUCAUUGUAAUCCAUCCAAAGUACUACCAGACAAAGAUGUGGAUUCUGACGGCUAUGAACAAAAUCUUGUUCAACUACUACAAACAGCACAAAAAAAUCAAAAUUUUGAGUUAGUUAUUAUGUUAGCAUACGUAAUUUUAUUAAUGAAACGUAUCCAAGCGUUACACGAUUUACCAUCCGAUUUAGUUAUAAAUUAUUUGAAUGAUUCUGUUGAAAAUUUGUAUAGAAGAAGAAAAGAACCAAUUGCAUUGGAUACAGAAAUUUAUAAUAGAUGUAAAGCUCUGUUUAAGAUUAAAUUAGAAAAAUUCAAGUUACCGGGAAAAGUUCCAUCACAACCAAAAUUAGAUCUGUUGAUUGAGCUGAUAAAACAACAUGCAAUAAAAAAUAAUAAUAGAGGUUUAAUUUUGGUUCAACGAACAUUUUAUGCUAAAAACAUCUGUGAUUUUCUGAAAAAUCAUCCCGAUUUGAAAGAAAUUGUUUUUCCCGAUUAUCUGGUUGGUCAGAACAGUGGCGAUUAUAGAAAAACGUCCAGAGAACAAGAUUUAACAUUAAAACAUUUUCAUGAUGAUCUUGUUCAAGAGGGUUUAGACGUUCCUCAGUGCUCAUAUGUUAUUCGAUACGAGUUUGUUUCUGACGAAAUUGGCACUGUACAAGCAAGAGGACGUGCGAGAGCCUCAGAUAGCUCAUAUUACUUGAUCACAACCAAAGAUUCUAAGAAUCAUGAAAAAGAAAAACAAAAUCGUAUACGUGAGGAAGAAAUGCAGGAUGCUUUGGAAAGCUGGAAAAAAGUGAACGCAAAAGAGUUCGAAGAAAAGAUAUUAGAGCAACAGAAACAAUUGGUGUCAGACUGGGUGAAAACAUUGCAUAAAGAUCUGGCACGAUUAACUGCUCAAAAGCCGUGUUCACUCAAUGGUGAAAUACUAUGUCGCUCAUGCAGCAAUUUUCUUGGACAACUGGCAUGGUUAAAAAAGCGUGGUACAUGUUAUUUUGUUAGUCACCCACGUUUUUUGGAAAAUAUUGAAAACGUUCAAAAAGAUAAACCGAAGAUAAUAAGAGAAAUCAGUAUUAGUGGCAAAGCAUUCUGUGGUCAGAAUAAAUGUCGAGCUGAACUGGGUGGUAUACAAAAAUUUCUCGAUCAUGCGGAAACAGGUGAUAUUUGUGUAUUAAAAUGUGAUGCAGUAAAGAUCAAGCUGAUUAAAGACGAUGGCACAGAAAGCAUAGUUCUGGCGCCAAAAUGGACUGAAUUACCGUUUUCGGCGCCUGCUGUAGAAGAAACACCGAAUUAA